GUUUGCAUUGUGCAAGAACGCAGGCUGUGGUAAAAUAUAAGGCAACCGACAACAUCCAGCCGCCUCUUGUCCUUUUUCCGAUUGAUUUUGGAUACUCUGUUGGUAGAUCGCCAUGUUCAGGAAGUUUGAGUUCGCUAUCGUACAUACGCGGCGUUAUCUAGCGACUCACGCGUCUCCGCCACCUGCAAGACCAGCAUUCGCUGCGAGCACGAGUUCCGCGCCUCCACCAACGCGCCAUGACUGGACGAGACAAGAAAUUCAAGAAAUUUAUGGCACGCCGCUGCUUGACCUCGUCUUCCGCUCUGCGAGCGUGCAUAGGCAAUACCAUGACCCGAAGAAGGUCCAGUUGUGCACAUUGAUGAACAUAAAAACCGGUGGAUGUACCGAAGAUUGUAAAUACUGUUCGCAAUCCUCGCGUUACAAGACCGCGACAAAGGCAGAGAAACUUGUCGAUAUCGAGCCAGUGCUUGCUGCCGCGCGACAGGCAAAGGCGAACGGUAGUACGCGUUUCUGCAUGGGCGCAGCGUGGCGAGACCUCGCAGGGCGGAAGAGCGGGUUUAAACGUAUCCUUGAGAUGGUCCGUGAAGUGCGCGGCAUGGGCAUGGAAGUAUGCACGACUUUGGGGAUGUUGUCCGCGGACCAGGCGAUGCAACUUAAAGAAGCCGGUCUGACUGCAUACAAUCACAACUUGGACACAUCUCGAGAGUUUUACCCUUCGGUCAUUACUACCCGGACAUAUGACGAGCGUCUAGAGACGAUUGCAAACGUGCGAGACGCAGGUAUCAGCGUAUGUUCUGGUGGCAUCCUAGGACUCGGCGAGUCCAAAGAGGACCGGGUAGGCUUGAUCUGGGAGGUUGCAAACAUGCCAGAGCACCCCGAGUCAUUUCCAGUCAAUGCAUUGGUUCCGAUUCCUGGAACUCCAAUGGAGAAAAAUGAACCCAUAUCUGUGCACAAUCUCAUUCGAACGAUCGCAACGGCUCGAAUCGUCCUUCCGUCUACCAUAAUCCGAUUAGCUGCGGGGCGACAGACUUUAUCCGAGAGCGAGCAAGCCAUGUGCUUCAUGUCAGGAGCGAAUGCGGUGUUCACAGGCGAGCGGAUGUUAACUACCCCAUGUUCCCCAUGGGAUGAGGAUAAGGCCAUGAUGAGUCGUUGGGGAUUGGAGGGAAUGGGAAGCUUUGAGCAGACAAGUGUGUCUAGGAAAGAAGAAUCUCGCCUUCAUGAGGCAGAUGCUGCUGGUGCUGUCGACGUCAAGCCGGCGUUGAUGUCAGAAGCAGUAUGAAAACGGAAGGCGAUAUAUGGCCUGGCGUAAUAUUAACAAUGUACAGAAUAGAAGAACUGACGGACAACUGUAAUCAGUCAGUAAGCGCCCACCCGUCAAUCGACUCGGGGCAGUCAUGCCCAGAUCGGGAUAAUGCGAAUGCUCUCGCAGAAGCCGCGCGCCCUCUCGUGAUCCUCCUCAGAACCUGUGCAAUGCUGAACAUGUCUGGGAUGCCAUCUUCUUUGAAUCUUAGCAUGUCAUCCGCUAUGGAGUUCCCCAAUGUCUUUCCUUCUCCUCUGGUCUUUUACUGAAGGUAUUGGUCUUGCU